AUGUUCGCCGUUCUUCUUCUAGCUCUUCUAGCCCUCGAGCCUAAUAUUGCUUCACCAGUGGUUCAUCCAAGUGUGGCUACUACUGAUUGUAAAGUCGCCGAGGAGAAAAUCCGAGAAAUUGUGAAGCAAGCUAUCGCGGUUGCACUGGAGGAAAUCAAACUGUCAGAUAUAGUUUCUGGAGAUGCUCUAGUUGAAGAAGAAGAAGUUGAUACUCAGGAUGGUGAAAAAAUCGAUCGACUCGAGUUGAGUUUCUGGAAGAAACUGAAGCACAGCAUCGAUAAAACUUUGAAGAAGAUUGAGGACGGAGUUGUUGCUGGUGUCAUUGGUACUCUUACUGGCAGUAUUGUUGGUUGA